GGAUACUUCAUCUUGAAUGGUGUCCCCGGGCUGGAAGCCGCACACCCCUGGAUCGCCCUGCCAUUCUGCCUCCUGUACGUCAUCGCUGUCCUGGGGAACUGUGGGCUCAUCUACCUCAUCGGCCAUGAGGAGGCCCUGCACCGGCCCAUGUACUACUUCCUGGCCCUGCUCUCCUUCACAGACGUCACCCUGUGCACCACCACCGUACCCAACAUGCUGUGCAUAUUCUGGUUCAACCUCAAGGAGAUUGACUUCAACGCCUGCCUGGCUCAGAUGUUUUUUGUCCACAUGCUGACUGGGAUGGAGUCUGGGGUGCUCAUGCUCAUGGCCCUGGACCGCUAUGUGGCCAUCUGCUACCCCCUGCGCUAUGCCACCAUCCUCACCAACCCCGUCAUCGCCAAGGCCGGUCUUGCCACCUUCCUGCGGGGUGUACUGCUCAUCCUCCCAUUCGCUCUCCUCACCAAGCGUCUGCCCUAUUGCCGGGGCAACUUCAUUCCCCACACCUACUGCGACCACAUGUCUGUGGCCAAGGUGUCCUGUGGUAAUUUCAAG